AUGGCCAGGAAAUUAUGGCUGAGAAGAAAUUCUUUAGUGUUUGGUGGGGUUUUUAUCUCGCCAAAUCAACUAAUGAGGGAAGUAGUUAUUUCCAUUGAGAAUUUUAAAAGAGCUAAUGUACCAACUGAAAAGGAGAAUGAUUUUCAGGCUAUACCUGUUCCCCCAGUCCAAUGGAAGGCCCCUUCUCUAGGUCUUUAUAAAAUCAACGAAGAUGCUACAAUUGACAUGAAGAACAGAAGGAUGAGAGUUGGGAUUAUUGCUCAUGAUUAUCAGGGACUAGUAGUGGCAGCACGCAGUCUUAUAUUACAUGGUCAUACAGAUUCUAUUGUUGCUGAGGCAUGGGCUGCUCUUCAUGCUAUUGUCUUGGCGAAAGAAUCAGGUUUGCUUGAUAUCAUUUUGGAAGGAGAUGCUUUGGAGGUAGUAAAUGAGAUUAAUUUGGCCAUUCCUUCUUUGAGCAAAAUUGGACACUUCACUGAUGAUAUUAGAUUAAUACGGCACUCUCUUAGAUUUUUUCGUGUAAUUCAUGUAAAAAGAGAGGCAAUUUCUGCUGCCUAUGUAUUAACUAAGGCAACUGUGUUUUUUGUCAGGGACUCAAUAUGGUUGGAGGAAACUCCACCUCCAGUCUCUGAUAUUGUUCUUAGGGAGUAUUUGGACCCCUAA